AUGCCCUGCCAAGUCACAGCAGUUCCAAAGCCUAGCGAAAUCUGUCCUCCACGAGCUGGUGAGACACCUGAGGGAUUCUGGGCAAUAACAAUUGGCCAGGAAGUUGGUGUGGCCGACGUUGCUGAACGAACAAAUUUUGUUAGUGGUAAUGUUCAGAAACGUUACCCGUCAUUUCAGCAAGCACUGACUGCAUAUACGGUCAAAUAUGACAAAGGCAGGGUUCGGGCAGUUCCACUGCCAGGUGGCCCUUUCUGGCCAUCCUCCAACCAUCCUUCACCUACAUCAUCUGUGGGCUCAUUUGUGAGCUCAGACUCGUAUGACCUGUGGUCGCAGGUUGAGGACUUGACAGAGACCAUGAGCCAACUUUAA